CCCCCUGGCUGUCUGUGCCGUGGCGUGGCCCUUCUUAUACCCCGCCACGUCGCCAUGACCACGAGGCAGUUCUCUCCUCUUCCAUCUCUCUCUCUCUCUCUCUCUCUCUCUGUUUUUUCUCUCCUUGAUGGAUUUUGAUUGAAGGUCGCAACAACACAUUUCCUCCUCUCUUCCACUUCCUCCUGUCGGCGCUGAUCGGCUUCUCUCACUCCGUCGGCUUCUCUGUUCCUCAAGCUCUGUUUCCCGUGAUGAAAGAAUCGAUGGCGAUGGAUUGAUGAUCACAGGCGUCCAUUUGAAACAUGAGUUUGGCAAGGAAAAAGAUGGGUAAAUCGGACCUGCUCUUCCUGCUGUUUUCAUGCCUCGCACUGUCCUCAGCCUACCCUGUGGCUGAUAAUGGACUGUCUCGGAUCAAGCUGAAGAAGAUGAAAUUGGACGAAGACAACUGGAUCGCCUCAUGGCUAGAGUCUGAGGCGGGAGAGUCUCUGAGGUCAUAUAUCAUGAAGAAUCGUUUCCUCGGAAGGCUCAGAGACUCUUCUGAGGACAUCGAUAUUGUUGCCCUGAAGAACUACUUGGACGCUCAGUACUAUGGUGAGAUUGGUAUUGGGACUCCUCCACAGAACUUCACUGUGAUUUUCGACUCGGGUAGUUCUAAUUUGUGGGUGCCCUCAUCAAAGUGCAUUUUGUCGGUGGCAUGCUAUUUCCAUUCCAGGUACAAGUCUGGUCAGUCAAGAACAUAUCAGAAGAACGGAAAAUCGGCUUCCAUUAAAUAUGGUACUGGGGCUGUUUCUGGUUUCUUCAGCAAUGAUGAUGCGAUAGUUGGUGACCUAGUUGUUAAGAAUCAGGAAUUUAUAGAGGCAACCCGAGAGCCCAGCGUCACAUUCAUGGUGGCCAAGUUUGAUGGCAUUCUUGGACUCGGUUUUCAAGAGAUUUCUGUUGGAAAUGCUGUUCCAAUUUGGUACAAUAUGAUGAACCAAGGGCUUGUGAAAGAACCUGUAUUCUCAUUCUGGCUCAACCGUAAUGCUCAGGAGGAAGAAGGUGGUGAAAUCGUGUUUGGUGGAGUUGAUCCGAAGCAUUUCAAGGGCAAGCACACUUACGUGCCUGUGACACAGAAAGGCUAUUGGCAGUUUGACAUGGGUGAUGUUCUUAUUGGCGGUGAACCAACAGGAUACUGUGCUGAUGGUUGCUCUGCAAUAGCAGAUUCCGGGACUUCCCUGUUAGCCGGCCCUACAUCCGUGAUUGCAAUGAUAAAUCAAGCCAUUGGAGCAUCUGGGGUAGUUAGCCAAGAAUGCAAGGCAGUUGUCACACAGUAUGGGCAGGUUAUCAUGGACUUGCUCCAAAACGAGGUUCAUCCAAAAAAGGCAUGCUCCCAAAUUGGUCUCUGCACUUUUGACGGGACUCGGGGAAUCAGUAUGGGCAUCGAGAGUGUGGUGGGGGAAAGGAGUAGCAGGUCAUCAGGUGUCCACUCUGAUGCCAUGUGCUCAGCAUGCGAGAUGGCAGUUGUUUGGAUGCGGCAUCAGCUUCAGCAGAACCUGACACAAGAACGCAUUCUAGACUAUGUCGACCAGCUCUGUGAUCGGGUGCCUAGUCCGAUGGGACAGUCAGCCGUGGAAUGUGGAAGUCUGUCCUCAAUGCCAUCUGUUUCCUUCAGUAUAGGAGAUAGAGUUUUUGAGCUCAGCCCAGAUGAGUACAUACUCAAGGUGGGCGAAGGCCCUGCAGCUCAGUGCAUUAGCGGAUUCAUGGCUUUGGACAUCCCUCCUCCUCGAGGACCCCUCUGGAUCCUAGGAGAUCUCUUCAUGGGCCGGUACCACACCGUGUUUGAUUAUGGGAAUCUCAGGGUCGGGUUCGCAGAAGCUGCAUAGACAUAGAGGCUCUUGCUGUGGCAUCUGUUCCUUUCUUUAUGGUAACUCGGAGAUUACUGUUUAGUCUGUCUUUAACUUGGUAUGCAAUUCCAGUGCUGUUGUUAAUCCUCCUCUGUUUCUUCUGCCUAGAAAGGCACCAGCCUUUUGUAAAUAUGGGGGGUACUUGCGUUGCCUUUAUUUUAUCAUAUUAGCUAUCCAUUCGCGUCCUA